AGAAGCUGCAGUUUCAUUGCAUUUAAUACCCACUGCUCUCUCUCUCUCUCUCUCUCUCAUCACCUUCACCCUCACCGUUUCAUUCUUGGAUACUAUUCCAGCAAACUGCAACAAUUCCACUACCCUUUUGGCCAUUUCACUAUCCACCAACACUGUCCAAAGUUGGUCGAAGAGCAAGGAAAUGAGCCAAAGCUAUGAAUGAACUUCAAAGGAACAUAUUUACUGGCUCGAUCAUCUAUCUAGAGUGUCUCUCUUGAUCCAAAGCUGCAGAUAUCCCAUUUUGCAGUUUCUGGGUUUGAAGGUUUUCUUUGGACAGAGAGAUAUGAAGAACCCUGAACUUCUCACAAGGUUAUUGGUGAGGAAUAGCUGAGAAUAUAGUUGCGUGUUUUGGGUGCUAUUUUCUUGGUUGAGAUUGGACAGAGACCCCAACGCUUUUGAUCCUGAGUCUCGGUAAGUUUGUCUGUUUUACAAGCCUCUGAUAUGUGCUUCUGAUUACUGUUUCUCCUCUUAAAACUGUUUAGUGAUGGACAUUUAUCUACACUGCUUUAGCAAUUUCCAUGUCAACGUUCUAAAAAGAGGGGAACAGAAAGGAGUUCCUGUGGUUUAGAUAGCUGUCUGGGCAAGCUGUCAUCCUGGAAAUGGAAUCUUUGUUAAUGCAAGCUGGAAGCAUAACUGGGUGUCUGGAACCUUUAGUGGGGAUUGGAGUUUGUUUUGGAUAGUUGGUUUGGCUUUUGUAAUGGAUUUUUUGAAGUUUUUAGUUACAGAUUGUGUCAUUUGGGUCUUGAGGGUUCACUCUAGCAAACCUAGAUUUCUUGUAGAAACCAUAAUCUUCUUGGUGAUUUUAGAUUUAUGGGGUUGGGUUUUAGGUCUAGGCUCCAUAGCUUCCAUUGCCAUUUCAUAUGGAGAGUAUGGUCCUGUUUUCUGUGGCCUGAAAUCAGAUGGUUCUCAUCUUGUAACCUGCUAUGGAUCAAAUUCAGCUAUUAUCUACGGAACUCCAGUUCAUAUCCCUUUUACUGGAUUAACCGCAGGUAACGGCUUUGUGUGUGGACUUUUGAUGGAUUCAAACGAACCGUAUUGUUGGGGAAGUAGUAGUUUUAUUCAAAUGGGUGUUCCUCAACCCAUGGUUAAUGGUUCUGAAUACUUGGAAAUUAGUGCAGGCGAUCACCAUUUGUGCGGUUUGAGAAAACCCUUAAUGGGAAAGCACAGAAACACUUCUCUUGUUGAUUGUUGGGGUUACAAUAUGACUACAAACUAUGUGUUCGAUGGGCAGAUGCAGUCUAUCUCAGCUGGUUCUGAGUUCAACUGUGGAUUGUUUUCCCAGAAUAAGAGUGUAUUUUGUUGGGGUGAUGAGACUAGUAGCCGGGUAAUUAGUCUAAUUCCCAAGGAGAUGAGGUUUCAGAAGAUUGCAGCUGGCGGUUUCCAUGUCUGUGGGAUUUUGGAGGGGGUGAAUACAAGGGCUUUUUGUUGGGGAAGGAGCUUGGACCUUGAAGAAGAAAUUUCUGUUGUACAUUCGGGGCUGGCCAAUGUGGACUUGGCUCCAAGUGACCCGAUGCUUUUGGUAGUGGGUGGACGGUUCCACGCUUGUGGAAUCAGGAGCUAUGAUCAUGGAGUGGUUUGUUGGGGUUAUCACGUCGAGAGAAGUACCCCACCACCCAGUGGCAUUAGGCUUUAUGGUAUUGCAGCUGGCGACUAUUUCACUUGUGGAGUUCUAGCUGAAACAUCUCUGCUACCUGUUUGUUGGGGUGUUGAUUUUCCGUCCUCCCUACCAUUAGCAGUUUCUCCUGGACUCUGCAAGCCUAAUUCCUGCUCGACAGGCUUCUAUGAAUUUAGCAAUGGAAGUAAACCUUGCCUGUCUCCUGAUUCUCGUAUUUGCUUGCCCUGCAGCACCGGUUGUCCUGCCGAAAUGUACCCGAAUGCUGAAUGCACUUCAAUGGCUGACAGACACUGCGCAUACAAUUGUUCAAGUUGCAUCUCGGCCGAAUGUUUUUCUAAUUGUUCUUAUUCCAAUGCUACUGUUGGAAAGAAGAAUGGAAGGAGUUGGUCACUUCAAUUGCCAGUCAUUGUUGCAGAGAUUGCUUUUGUCGUGUUCUUGGCGGGUGUUGUAUCUUUGUCUGCAAUAAUAUACGUUCGCUAUAAGUUACGGAACUGCAGGUGCUCAGUUAAAGGCUUGAAAUCCAAAGAAAGUGGUGGGAAUGGUUCUUUUCAAAAAGAGAGUGGUAAAGUUCGGUCCGACUUGGAUGAGUUUAAAAUCAGUAGAGCUCAAAUGUUUACCUAUGGGGAACUUGAGAGAGCCACUAGUGGGUUUAAAGAGGAAUCUCAAGUGGGAAAGGGAAGUUUUUCAUGUGUCUUUAAAGGGGUCUUGAAGGACGGAACAAUUGUAGCAGUUAAAAGAGCUAUUAUUUCUCCAGACAUGAAAAAGAAUGCGAAAGAGUUCCGCACUGAGCUAGAUCUCCUUUCAAGGUUGAAUCAUGCCCAUUUGCUCAACCUACUCGGCUAUUGUGAAGAAGGUGAAGAAAGGCUUCUUGUUUACGAGUUCAUGGCUAAUGGCUCGUUGCAUCAACACCUCCAUGGCAAGAACACGGCCUUAAAAGAGCAAUUAGAUUGGGUAAGGAGGGUUACUAUAGCAGUCCAAGCGGCUCGGGGGAUUGAAUACUUGCAUGGAUAUGCUUGCCCUCCUGUGAUUCACCGAGACAUAAAGUCUUCUAACAUUCUUAUUGAUGAAGAACACAAUGCUCGUGUAGCUGAUUUUGGUCUGUCUUUAUUGGGACCUGCCAAUAGUAGCUCUCCUCUGGCUGAGCUUCCAGCGGGGACUCUUGGGUAUCUUGACCCUGAGUAUUAUAGACUUCAUUACCUUACAACCAAAUCUGAUGUCUACAGCUUUGGUGUUUUACUUUUGGAAAUUCUCAGUGGUCGGAAAGCCAUUGAUAUGCAAUACGAAGAAGGAAAUGUAGUUGAAUGGGCAGUUCCUUUAAUCAAGUCUGGAGUUAUACAAGUGAUUUUGGAUCCUGUUUUAAAACCCCCGUCUGAUCUUGAUGCUCUGAAAAAGAUUGCCAAUGUGGCUAGUAAAUGUGUAAGAAUGAGAGGAAAAGAGAGACCAUCAAUGGAUAAGGUCACAACAGCUUUGGAGCGAGCACUUGCACUAUUGAUGGGUAACCCCAGUAAUGAGCAACCUAUUUUGCCAACGGCGGUGGUGUUGGGAAGCAGUAGAAUGCACAAAAAGUCAUCUGAAAGAUCGUCUAACCGGUCAGCCUCGGAAACUGAUGUGGUUGAUUCCGAAGACCAAAGGUUUGAAUUCAGGGCACCUUCGUGGAUCACUUUUCCAAGUGUUGCUUCAUCUCAAAGGAGGAAGUCCUCAGUUUCAGAUGCCGAUGUUGAUGGAAAGAACUCGGAAGCCAGAAACUUGGGAAAUGCAGGAAGUGUUGGUGAUGGAUUGAGAAGUUUGGAAGAAGAAAUUGGGCCAGCUUCUCCUCAAGAACACUUGUUCUUGCAGCACAACUUCUAAUGAUAAUUUGAGGUAAAGUAAGAAAACAUGUUCAAAAAAAUUUAAUUCAUUUUGGUGGGCAAUGAUGGAAGAAAUGUAUAGUGAAGCACAGGAAUGAUGUAAUUUUCUUGAUUACCACUACUUUGGCAACCACUUCUACCAUCACUGCCCCAAAAACAUUUUAUUUUGUAAUUUCAGUUAGUUUUAU